ACGGGGGCUCUUCUCAACACCACCGCCGUCGCCGUCGGCGUCAAGUCUAUUCAUGAGAGCAACCUCAUGCUGGAGUACCACCACACGCCGGCCGAGGCGUUCCGGGACCCGCGCGGCGCGCAGCGCGUCGACUCGGACACCGUCUUCCGCCUCGCCAGCAUGUCCAAGCUGUUUCCCGUCCUGGCCUUUCUGAGGCUCAGCGGCGUAAGCUUUGAGGAUCCCAUUACAAAGUAUGUGCCGGAGCUGAGGAAGCUCGACCACGAGGCCAGGGCGCAGACGCCGGUCUGGACUGUGGAUUGGGAGUCGGUUACUGUGGGCGCGCUGGCGUCGCAUCUGGGUGGUAUUGCCGCUGAUAUGACAACCGACUUGGCCGAGUUUGCCGACCUCUCGGCGUAUGGCCUUCCACCGAGAAAUGACUCUAGGCUGCUGCACUGCUCUGGUCUUUUGGGAACCUCCGAGUGCGAUCGUAAGGUCUUCUUUGACCGGUUUGGCGAGCGAGCCCCGGUAGAACUCCCCUUCUCGCCCAACACGGUCUACUCCAACAUCGGCUUUGCCCUGAUCGGCUUUGCUGUCGAGGAAGUCACAGGCCGCUCCUUCAGCGACGUCCUUGUGAAUGACAUCUGGGGCCCUCUGGGUAUGACGCGCUCGUUCCCAACGAAGCCAGAGGACUCGCUCGGCUAUAUUCCGCGAGACGACCGAUGGUGGAACGCCACUCUGGGAUUUGAGUCUCCUGCCGGGGCGUACUACUCGACGAUCAACGACCUGCACCGCUUUGGCGACGCCAUUCUGCAGAACCGCCUCCUCACCGGCACCCAGACGCGCAAGUGGCUCAAGCCCGUGACCGAGACGUCGUCGGCAGGGCUGCUGGUCGGCCAGCCGUGGGAGAUCUUCCGCACGCAGAACGUGACCGCCGACGGCCGGCUGGUGGAGCUGUACACUAAGGGCGGCGACUUCAAGACGUACCACUCGCUGCUGGCACUGAUCCCCGACUACGACCUCGUGGCGACUAUCCUCAUCGCCGGGGAAGACAGCGGCGGACUCGACGUGCUGCUGCUCUUCUCCCAGCUCGUGCAGACGCUGCUCCCAGCCGUCGAGCAGGCCGGCAAGAGCGAGACCCAGCUCGCCUACGCCGGCACGUACGCAGACACAGCAUCCAACUCGACCGUCAGCCUCACACUCGACGACGCCCCGGGCCUCAACGUGUCCAGCUGGGUAGUCAGGGGUGUCGACAUGCGCACCACCAUCGCCGGCCUCGACCUGCCACCCAUCAACACGCCUCCGCAGAACCCGCCAGCCCAGUUCAGGGCGUACCCCACGACCGUGGUGUCUGACAAGCAGACGUCGUGGCGCGCCAUCCCCGGCGCGCCGGCAGAGGAGGUCGCGGCGCUCGAGGCCCAGUUCGCCUGGGCCAUGCCGUCGUGCUACACGUGGGCCGGAACCGACCGCCUCACGUACAUGCUGCAGUCGCAGGACCACUUCGUGUUCACG